CACUGAGCGUUAGAAAGGGAAAAGCUAGCGUUUCAAACAUCACAGAGCAGGACUCUGAGCAUCUCCUACAGACAGUGGGAAAAGCUUGCUAACUCUUUGAACCACAGUUUACCGUCAGAUAGCACAGGUAUUGGUUUGACGGAGUUGGACCUGGAACAACUGCGGCGUGAAAAGGAGCUCUUUGGUCGUGAGGACAAACCGUCACUCAGCUAAGAGGCCAGACCAGAACUUGGUGAGGCAUCCGAAUGUCUCGGGAGAAAUCAGGACUGAUCACGGGAGGCUGCAUUUCUCUAAUCCCAAUUGUCCUGCUUCGUCUUUGAACAACAUUCAGAGCUUCAGGUGACGUAGCAGACUUCCAACUAAUUGUCCUAAGAUGCCCUAGGCGGGAGAAAGAAAUGUAAAUGGCUUCCAAAGUAAAAGAUGCUGUUGUUUGGUACCAGAAAAAGAUUGGAGCCUAUGACCAGCAGAUUUGGGAGAAAUCGGUGGAGCAAAGAGAAAUAAAGUUUAUUUCUCUGGGCUUGAGGAACAAGCCAAAGAAGACUGGACAUCUCAAACCAGAUCUGAUAGAUGUGGAUUUAGUCAGAGGUUCAGCGUUUGCCAAGGCCAAGCCAGAGAGUCCGUGGACGUCCCUGACCAGGAAGGGCAUCGUCAGAGUCGUCUUCUUCCCGUUCUUCUACCGAUGGUGGAUUCAGGUCACCUCCAAAGGCAUUUUCCUUCUCCUGUUGGCUCUGUAUCUGCUGCAAGUGGCAGCAGCCGCCCUGUAUGUGUCCAUCUCUCAGCCUCAUGGGAUCCCAGCCACAGAGGUGUUCGGAGCCAUCUGGCUCAUGCUGCUGCUGGGAACCGUCCACUGUCAGAUCGUCUCCACCAGGACCCCCAAGCCCUCCUCCAGCAGCGGGGGGAAGAGACGCAGGAAGUUGAGGAAGGCAUCUCAGAUGGAGGUGCAUAGGGAAGGAGACGGGUCUAGCACUACCGAUAACACACAGGAGGGGGCGCCACACUCUCAUUCAGCCAGCACCACAUACAGCCUGGGCGCUUUCUUCCAAGAUUUCUGGCAUGAUAUCUGUAAAGCUGGAUCUAAGAAGUCCAAGUUGUCCAUCGAUAAAUCGACAGAGACAGAUAACGGCUACGUGUCUCUGGACGGUCGGGUGACCAACCGCAGCAGCGAGGAGGGGCUUCAGCUCCCAGAGCAGAGAUGUGACCCACUGACCCGGCCAGACGAGGCGUGCUGGACCCCUCACAUCCAGCCCUCAAACUCUCACGCGGCUCACAGCUCAGGGCUGCUCCUGCCAGGCGGCAAUAAGGAGCCUGCAUCGGAUGAAGCUUCUAGCGAGGAGGAUCCUGAAGCGUCCUACAGCGCCCUCCGCAGGGCGUCCGAGAGAAAGAACAGCGACUGUACACUCAGAAACCGCAAAAACACACAUCUUUACAAGAAACACUACGCUGUGGAGGAUGUUCCCAAAUCCGGCACCAGCUGCAGCUCCAGAUGUUCCAGCAUGAGAACCCAGGACUCUGAGAGCACUCGGCAUGAGUCGGAGACAGAGGACCUGAUGUGGGAGGACUUCCUGCACUGUGCAGAAUGCAGGUCGUCCUGCACCUCAGAGACAGAGGGAGAAGGAGGAGGAACAUCUGUAUGUCCUCCAUCUAAGAAGGAAUACAGAGACGACCCUUUCCAUCAGAGUCAUAUUCCCUGGCUGCACAGCUCCAACCCCGGCCUGGAGAGGGUGAGCGCCAUCGUUUGGGAGGGAAACGAGUGCAAGAAGGCCGACAUGUCCGUCCUGGAGAUCAGUGGAAUGAUCAUGAACAGAGUGAACCUUUACUCUCCUGGUAUUGGCUACCAGGUCUUUGGGAACCUGGUCUCAGUCACACUUGGACUCACACCGUUUGUCUACAGGUUGAUCCAAUACUGUGACCUGGAUCAGUUCACCACGCGUUCAGCCAAUGAGAUACUCUCUGUUGUCUUGGGGGGAGGCUCUGAGUCUGAUGCCUUGGUCAUCACCAUGGUAACACUCAGCUUCCUGGUGCGCGUUUGCCUUAUAUGGCUCUUCUUCUUCCUGCUCAGCGUAGCAGAGCGGACCUACAAACAGAGGCUGCUGUUCGCCAAACUGUUUGGUCACCUGACGUCGGCCCGCAGAGCCAGGAAGUCUGAAGUCCCGCAUUUCAGACUGAAGAAAGUUCAGAACAUUAAGAUGUGGCUGUCGCUGCGCUCCUACCUCAAGAGACGAGGUCCCCAGCGCUCAGUGGACGUCAUUGUGUCCUCUGCCUUCCUUCUCACUCUGUCAGUAGUCUUCAUCUGCUGUGCCCAGCUUCUCCACGUCCAUGAAACGUUCCUGGAGUACCACUAUAACUGGGAGCUGGUGAUCUGGUGCACCAGUUUGUCUCUGUUCCUGCUCAGGUUUGUCACUCUGGGCUCAGAAACCAGCAAGAAGUACAGCAACACCUCCAUCCUGCUCACUGAACAGAUCAACCUCUAUCUAAAGAUGGAGAAGAAGCCGAACAAGAAGGAGGAGCUGACGCUGGUCAAUAAUGUUCUGAAACUGGCUACCAAGCUACUUAAGGAGCUGGACACUCCGUUCAGGUUGUACGGUUUGACCAUGAACCCUCUGCUCUACAACAUCACCCAGGUCGUCAUCCUGUCUGCUGUGUCAGGAGUCAUUUCUGACUUACUAGGAUUUAAUCUCAAGCUUUGGAAGAUCAAAUCAUGACAAUAAAGAGAAACUGCGUCUCAGUCUGGACAUAUCAGUUUCCUGAACUUCAAUGUUUCCACUUUGUGCAAUUCAGAUUAUUUAUUUACCCUCUCAGUGUUUCUACUUAAGUUUUUGUUUUAGUUCUCUGUCUGUGACACAAGACAAAGCUACAUUUGCCUUCUGGAAAACAUGUUCUGAACAUAAGUUCUGUUCUCAGCUGCACAUUACUUUCUUUUUUUUAACUCGAAGGCAAAACAUGAAGGGGGUGACACUGUAUCUAUCUAAUGCUGAUCACAUAUUUGCAGCAAACAGUUUAAACCCCAUGUUGUAGACAUUACAUGUUCACAUGUUCAUGACGGCGAAGGCGUCGUCUGGUGGAGCUGAGAAAAUGGAUCCACGACUUGUUCUCACCUGGCAGAACACGGCAGCACUUCAACAAACAAUCACUGAUUAAACCCGAUUGUUUCAGGCCUCUGCAGUAUUUACAGCAAUACAUGUGUAGAUAGAGAACCUCCUGAUAUAGUUUAGGACAAAUAAAAACAGUGUGUUCUAACGAGCAACAAAACCUUCGUUUUAGUGUUUUGUAUGAUUUGUAGAUAAACUUCAGCUGUUUCAGUCUCCUGAGGUUCUUGAACAGAGUUGGUUCCUUUUAAAGAUGCUGUUUUAUGUUCAGUGUUGAUCAAAGGCAUUUUUAUAUACGUCACUGGAUUUCACAGACCUCUCUGCCGCGCAGCCGGCCUGAGACGACGCAUGUUAGUAACGUCUGUAUGCAAAUGAGAAAUAUGCACUUUAACAUCAGAUCUUAUGGGGUAGAGUUACAAAUGUUUUUCGUGGUCACAUUUCUAUGUACCUCACUUGUGUUGGAAGUAAGCGCUAGCUCGCACUUUUCUAUUUUGACAAUUCAAAUCAUUCUCUGAAGGAAAUCCUACGUGGUACGCAAAGUUGUGAUUAGGAUGCUGACAUGAAAGAAGCCUCAAAAACAAGUUCGAGUUGUAAACCGCUAGCGUCGUCAUUUAUGUCUCGAGAGCAUUUGAGGAGGAAGACCAAAGUGCUUAUUUAAUUGUUUUUGUCUCUGCUGGGAAAAGAAUGUAUUUUUAGCACUAUGCUUUAAAUUUUAUUUAUUUCCCUUCAGAAAUACUUUUGAGUAUUGUUUGGUUUUUAUUGACAUUUGUAACGGCUGUUUAUUCUAUAUGUUCUGAAAGCAGAGGCAUGAUUUACUGUUUUUAAAACAUGCUUGACUUAUACGAACGUGACUAAAGGUAUCAGAAUGUUGUAAUGCUGUUUUUCAGAAACUCUGAAUAUUUAGCUUUUUUGUGUGUCUGAGCUCUUUUUUUUUUAAGAAAAAUAAAAAAUAUUGAAUUUC